UACUUUCCCCCCGUGCCACAUAUACCUGCUUCGAACAGCCUUCCGCUUUUAUAUGCAUCGAUAUCAGCAUCCAAGUCAAAUAUCCUGUUAUCUUGUAGAGAUAGGAGGCGUUGUAUGAUUAGCCACGCUUGUUCGCAUUUUAUUAGCUUGCGUCCCAUGCGGCUAGCCGAGAUUACGGAAAUGACUUUGUUCAUAAACUCUCCUCGGCGCCGGCGGCAGCUUUUGCCAGCAGGUUGGGCAAUUGCAGCAGAGCGGAUCAGCCAGCGUUGAGUCCAAAUGGGGCUGAUGGCAUCCACAGAGUUGAAAACGAAACACUUUCGCAUACUACUGCUGGGUCUGGAUGAAGCAGGAAAAUCCACACUGUUGUACAGAGUAAAAUUCAGUGAUACCGACGUCCUCACUGCCCCCACCAUCGGUUUCAACGUGGAAAUGCUGCAGCGGGAUAAAGGCGUCGCUCUCAUAGUCUGGGACGUUGGAGGACAGCACAAGAUGCGCCAACUCUGGCCGUUUUACUUCCAGGACACGGACGGACUGUUGUUCGUGGUGGACAGUGCGGACAAGGGGCGCAUGGAGGCCUCCAAAAGAGAGUUUGAACGGGCGCUGAAGCACGAGUGUCUGAAAGGCAUCCCCGUGGUGGUGAUGGCAAACAAACAGGACCUUCAAGGCGCGCUCUCCGCCGAUGAAAUCACCAAGCGCUUUCACCUGAAGAGAUGGUGCUCGAAUCGAGACUGGCAUGUCCAGCCCUGCUGUGCCAGGACGGGCCAGGGAUUAAGCGCUGCCCUCAACGUUUUAUUUUCACUUGUCAAAAAUAAAAUACCCUCCAAAUACGAAGGCUCACACGCUUCCAUUCGAGAAGACCGAUGAAUAAAAGCAGCCCACGAAAUGUGUAGGAAGGAACUGCCGAUGAUGACACAGAAUGUAGGAGUAACUCAGCGGGACAGGCAGCAUCUCUGGAGAGAAGGAAUGGGUGACGUUUCGGAUCGAGACCCUUUCGACACGAGCGAAUCGGAUUGUCACGGUGAACAUGUAGCACACAAAGUAAUUAAGAAAUGAAAAUGAAACGUUUUCUUGUAUCACUUGUGUUACUUUGUUUGUACCAUUUUUGUUAAUUAAUCAGAAUUAUGAGGCCGAAUAAUUAAUAUAGAAACACUGUAAUCAUAAUGUUUUAAAUAUCAUAGGUACCUGGACCCCGAACACUAAAAAUCCAUCCCUAAAAUACAAUCGCUUCCGAAUUCAGUCCCUUUCUUUAAGGCCCUCAUCAGAUCUGCUUAUCGAAUGUCCUGAAAUUUCUAUGUGACUGCGCGUUGAAUUUUGUUCGUAACGUUCACUCCAUUAAAGGUGCUGCAAGUA